AUGAAUGCAACAGCGCUCCUAGAUACGGGUUCACAAACAACUAUUAUCCCCGUGAAAUUAUUGAAAAGAGCUGUGGAUAGCAGCGUUGACCUGGACGAGUACAUUGAGCGCAUACCUGGGCCUAAGGUAACAGUACGAGACGCAUCCGGGAACGUGAUGAAAUUCCUCGAUACCGUCCGCGUAGCAGUUACACUCGGUGAGCAGCUGGAGUUUAUAUCAGCCUAUGUGGGAAAAGGCCCAGACGAAGUGAUAAUCCUUAGGGGAACCACGGCAAAAAGGGAGCUGCUAACUAUUAGCAGUGAAGAACCCGACAAGGAUGAUUUCAAGGCCGCGGGUAGAGUCAAAGAACGGACCUAUAUUCCGGCUAAAGCCAUACGCACCCUAACAUUGACAUGUGCACGGGCUAACAUUCCGAAGUCACCAGUUCUCUGCUCCAACCACCCCCUCAUACCAGAUGGUGUAUGUCGUGCAGCCCAGGGGGAUGAAGUGAGUAUACCCGUCAUCAAUGACUCGAAUCAGGGCAUAAUAUUCAAGAAAGGAGAAGUGAUAGGAGAGUGGGAAGAGCACGAGUGGAUAAGGCCAAAACAUGUGGAGCCGGACAGGGACAUGCUAGAUCUGAACAGACCCAAUGAGGGGGCUUCGGCCGUGAACAGGAUCAAAACGCUGGUAGAAAUAGUUCAACGGAAAAACACUCUACCCGCAAAACGCAAUGACGAAGCAUGUAAUCAUCACAUAACAUUGAGCAGUACUGAGUUCACGCACCUGAUUUGGUCAUAUUCGCUGCUUCCUGGAUAUAACGGCCAACCAAGGAAAAGUUCUGCUAUGACGCAUCCUAGGGACCACAUAUCUAUAGCUUCCCGGAAGGGUAAACCAAGUAUGAUCUCUGGUGCUCUAUAA